CGGCCGAUCGCGGACGACGGCGACGGCGACGACAACGCCGACUGACGACGACGACGAGUGACGACUCCGGCGAGAGUAAGUACGCGGCACCCUCGCGCGGCGUGACGAUAUUCGUGAGUCCGAGGUUUAGCGGCCGCCGUCGUCAUCGCCAACGCACGUGCGUCGUCCACCCGUCGUCAAUCGCGACGACCGCGGAGAUAGGUAUUAUAUAUUAUUAUAUAUCGAAACCUCGUCCGACCGUCGUCGUCACCGCCCCCCCACCACCGCGAACAGACGAUGCGCGUCCAAGGGUAGAUUUAAUUUUUUUUUUUCAAAAGUUCGUUUGCCGUGGUUUGCCGCCACCGGCACGCGCUUUUUUCUCGGCACCCCGACGACCGAUACCGCUGCAGCAGUUAAAGUACCGACGAGAAAACAUCAUGACUACGACGACGGCCACUGCAGCAUCGCCGCGGCCUCGACGGACCGUCGUAGUCGGAGUGGCGCGUCCCACGGCCGCGGUGGCUGUGCUGGCCGCGGUCGUGGUGGCCGCGGCCGGUGGCGGCGGCGUUUACGCGAAGCUCACGUCCACCAGACUGGCUGCCUGUACACUUUCCGAAUUCGCGUGCUCUUCCUCGUCGUCCACCGCCGACGAAGACGACGACGACGCCAACACAGCCGCCGCCGUACGCUGCGUGCAGUCCAUCAAGUACUGUGACGGACGGCGCGACUGUCCGGACGGAUCCGACGAACCGCACUACUGCACGCCGUGCAAUCGAACUUAUUAUGGAGAUGUCGGAAAAACGUACGAAUUCGAAUUACAUCGCCCGAAACCCGACAAGUUGCCAUUCGUCUGCUUUAUAAAACUCGUGGCACCAGGUCAUCAUUUAGGAGAUCUAAUACAAGUGACUUUGGACAGUUUCACCAUCGGGCGGUUUGCUUCGUACACGAACGCUGGAUGUCCGGACGGCGACCUUCACAUCACCGAAUCGGACAGGCCGGCCGUGUCGGGUGGCUGGUGUGGCACGUCCUGGGCGCCUGCUCACUACUACAGCGAGACGAAUUCCAUCACUCUGCUGGUCCGGCUGUACACGCUGUCCAGCCUGGACAACACGGGUUACAACUUCGACUUCCGACUGGGCUACAAAAUGCUCAACCGGAACCGCGCGGUCGUCCGGUACGGCGAGCAAAAAAUGUUUGCGAAAGUAAACGAAUCGUUUCACAUGGGCGACCUGAUGGAGGGCACUUACUGCUCACGGAUAUUCAGCAACUGCGACAAGAAGAGGUGUGUGCUGCAGUCACCCAACUACCCUGGGCUGUAUCCACGGAACUUGACUUGCUACUACGCGAUCCGGCAACACGCGAUACCGUACGGCCAACAGGCGCUAAUAUCCAUCACGCAGCCGUACAGCCGUCUGGUGUCGAUCAAAACGGAUCGGACGAAUCCCGAAGGAGCUGACCCGAAGCCCGUCGAACGGAAGGACUGGAGCAAGUGCGACAACGUACCAGAUUUUGUGACCGUUUAUGAUGGAUACACAACUAGAGAUCCGAUUUUGUUGAGAUUCUGCGGAUCCGGUGAAACUGUGCCCGUGACUACGUCUAGUGGACCUGAACUGUUAGUUCAGUUUUCUACAUCACCAUAUGGCACUCUGAUGUAUCCGUUCGGUCCACUUCACGGAUUUCAACUUCAAGUACAAGUACACUUUGUGGAUAUCGAAUCGAUCAAGUAUACCAAGAACAAACGGUGUGAAUUCUGGAUACGGAACACUGGCCGUGGUUGGUUGCACGCACCUUACCACUCUUUGCCGGAGAACACGACGUGCUGGUAUCAUCUGCAAGCCACCCCAGCCGGUGUCGCGGCUGCCGGAUAUCCGGUGGAUCGUGAACCCGGAUCCGGUCCCAGGUACAAGGUAUGGGUAUCCGUACUCAAGUUCUACGUGACGGGCCCUCAGACCCGGGACUGCACGACCAACCUGAUGGUGUGGGACGGAAACUCUUCCUGCCAUCCGUUCUGUGAUUCGAGAAACGCCUCGUCGUCCGAGUACCAGCACAACAACAGCACGCUGUUGGCCAACUACUGUCCCGGCCAAACGCCGAGGUCUUGCGAUCAUUUCCUGUUGACCCGGCAACAGCGUCCGUGCACGCUAUCCGAGAGUUUCCUGUCCACGUCCCGGUCGCUCACCGUCCAGUUGAACAUACAACACGCCACGGCUCUCAGACCGGUAUCGUUUAAAGCUCUGUACGAAUUCGUCGACCUGCACCAGGACGGAAGCUCGUGGCCCGAAACCGGAAGUAUGUGCUCCAGGAUUUUCCGAAGGCCCACGCACUCGCCUUCUAGUACAAUAGCCAUCCGUUCACCGAAAAACGUAUUCUUUUACGGAAGAGGAGGCAAUAAAAAUUUAAGUUGUGUAUUCAGACUGGAAGGACAGCCCGGCGAUGUGGCUAAGGUGACAAUACUUACGAUCGGCUCGGGAGAUCGGGGUUGUUAUAGCCGUUUGAACAAAGACCGAGGUACUUUACAGUGCGUGGGUGACAUCGGAUCGUCUCUGAGUGUUUUGGACGAGGUAAACGGCCCGAAGACCAUGCUGGUGCCAAGACACUGUCUGUGUUCGACCAACGCGUCCCUGUUGCCGUACACGUUCGUCACAUUGGGCUCGAAGGCUUCGAUGGUGUGGGACGUGUUCAACAUGAACUCCACCGAAGACUUCCGACUUCACUACUUCGAGGCCACCGUGCAGUUCGUCAGGAGAGAGGUGGUGCCGAAACGAUGCGAGGUGAAGAGCAACUUGCUGACCGGGCCUGGCGGCCAUUUCACGUUCCACUCGCAUCACAACACCACGUGCGAAUCCCACUUCGUCAUACUCACCCAGCAAAAGUACACCAACAGUUAUCUGUACGCCAAGUUGCCCGGAUUGGCGAUGCCGGACUCGUCGCACGCGGUGCCCAACAACACCCAACACGUGCACUGCCCGACCAACAAUCGGUUCAUAGUACAUGCCGGCGACACGGUCCACACGGUCGUCUGUCCAGACCCGUACUACACGGUCGAGGUGUUUUCGGAUGGAUGGCACACCAGAGACGUCAUGUCGAAUUCUUCUCGAGACAUCGUCAUCGAGUUCAUUCCAAUCGAUCCGGGCUCGUACACCGUGUCUUGGAUACAACUAUCAUCCAGGAUCCGAGCCGACGGGCCGUACUGCCACAGCCAGUGCCCUGAGCUGGACGCGUGCAUCAACGAGUCGCUGUGGUGCGAUGGCGUGGAACACUGUCCGUCCGGUUACGACGAGUCUUUCGGGUACUGCAUGCACCUGCUCUAUACACACCUGGUGUACAGCAUCGCCCUGACCGUAGCCAUCAUCAUCGUGGCCGUGUCGUCGGGGCUCACCGUCCUGUGGUUCCGGCGGUUCCGCUCGGCGACGUCCGCGGCGGCAGGAUGCCGGAGCUCGUCCGCCAAGUCCGCGGAGACGGAGGCCGUCGUAUCGGCGCGCGACGUGGUUUACUGACAUAAGGUCAACGACGUAGUGCACUACGUCGAAUACGAUCGCGUCACCACCGUCUGAUCGGCAGCGGGCGAUUGACUCGAACGAAAAAUCACCGUCGUCGUCGUCAUCAUCAUCAUAAUCACUACGCGCGUGCCUCUUAUUAUACAUAACAAUUAUUUAGCUCCCCUAACUUAUACCAUUGCCGUGGCGUUGUGCCCGGUCUACACGUGGCCAGUACUCCAUCCUAGGGUAUCAAGAUACUGCUACCUAUCUGUUAUAUAAAGCUAGCGACCUACUGGAGAAUCUUCUGACUAGUAAGAAGCUAUACAGGCAUAAUAUAGCGUGUCAAGCGAGGGUGGUUUAAUAUGGGUUGGAGUGUUUGAUUUUUUUGGAUAUAGUAGCGCUCCCCCCCCCCCUUCCCCCGCCACCGGACUGGCUUGAAAUUCUUAGCAUCGUGUAAAUCGGUCUAGCUUGUGCCAAGCCAGGAUAAUAGUAAGCCGGGAUAAUCACCGGAAGUACUACCACCAUCAUUCUAGCCUAGCUUGAAAUACUAGCCUCGUGCAGACCGGGCAUUAAGGAGAGACAUUUAUUUUAUUUUUUUUAUGCGUUUUGAGGGGAAAAUUCUGAUCCGAAAACGUCCAUUGUGGGCACAGCACAUUUACUAUACACGUGUAUACAUUUUAGGAGGUGUGGUGUGCAGUGGUACAGCGUUUUUGCUACGAAAGAGUUGGUGAUUUACACGGCCAUCGAAUACCGUAAUCGUAGACCAAAAUGCCGUCGACGUAUCGAAUAUUUUUGGGAAAAAAAAACAUUAUGUCACGCGUCGUGAUGAAAAGACUUUUGGUUUGAGGGCGUGCGACUGAUGUUGUACAUAUAUUCUUUAUUAUUAUUAUUUUCUCUCUCUCACUCUCUCUUUCUUUCUCGUCCAAAUCACAUGGUUCACAGAAUUCGGGCAACGGAGUGCCAACGCCUCCUCGUGCUGCACCCGUCCCACCCCGCCCAAAGCCAAUAUCAGCCCUGACCAGCGGGGCGUGAAAUCGACGUUAUUGCUCGGUCCAAACAUAUAUUAUCUGACCCGACCUAGUUAAUUCUUUUUACGCCACAGACACCGCUACCGCCACCACCGCCGCCGCCGUUCGGUGGUCGCCAAAAUUCGGUCGUAAUUUUCUGACUUGUAAAAACAAAAUAUCUGAACCGUGCAAUAUCGUUGGUUAUUACGUACACCGCUCGCUCUCUUCAGACGGUGGGAAAGAGGGUUUGGGGCGAGGGUGUAAGUCUCUAUACGGCGGCAGAUUGGUUUCGCUCUUUCGCACGAAAGUCCAAUAUUAUGACACAAACAUAAUAUGCGGACGUACGUGGAUAAGCUAAUAUAACGCUAUACGCACUUACCGGAUACGUUAUAGUAUAAUACAUUAUAUCUAUGAAGGUACAACUUCCGCUCGUUUUACGACCUCCAAGGUGCAUACCCCAACGGAACUAUGUACCUGCGCGUACUUCAGAGUAAUAAUAAUGACGUACAUUAUUAUACUGAUUUCUUUCAUCACCAAACAGUCGUUUUUUCGGCGAAUAUUUUUUUUUUUACUUUUUCUUAUAGUUAUAUAAUAUUAUAAUAUCUGUUAAAUCUUUUAAUAUUUUAAUCUACAACGUAAUAUAUAUACAUUUUAAACAUCAUAUUCAACCUAACCAAAAUAUUUUUCGAAUUAUAAAAAUAUAAUUUCGAACCAGUCGAACAGACAUACUAUAAUAGCAUUUUAUUUGCAGAUGAGCAGAGUGGAGUUAGAUACCCUGCAAAAUGUUGGUGUACUUCUCCGCUCGUCUAGUCUUUAAAUAAGUACUCUCAUAAGUAUUUCAAGUCUUGUUCGUGGUUCAAAGUUCGAUUUGUAUAAUAUGUAUAAGCACAUUUCGCUUCGGAGUAUGGAGUUAAAAUGUACGGGGUAAUAUUUCCGAAAUUAAAAAAAAUUAUAACGAUUAUACUAACAUAGUGUUGUAACGACUUCUAAUUAUCAACGUAAAAUAAUAAUUUCAAAAACACGUACGUUUACUGAAUGACUGACAUUUUAUUGAUUAAAAAAAUAAUCACCUAUAUAAUAUAUGAUACACUAUUAUACUAUGUAUAUUAAUUAUAUAAAUACGUCAAAGGAACAAGCUUUUACGCUUUUUCGAUUGAACAUACACCAGCUACCUAUAUGUACGUAACCACCUCUGCAUUUUGUCCUCUUUAUAACAUUAUAUUUCGUGUUUCAUUUGGACCAAGCCGCAAAGAGUUCUUAAUUGAAAACCUUUGAACAGCUCGCAGAAAAGAGCGUCUAUAUUACUACCGGCUGUAGAGAAUAUCGCGAAGAUUUACUAAUUUAUAAAAUGGCGGUGUAAUUGAAUCUCCACAUUAGAUCCCUCCCCCCUCGCGUUUUAAAUUAAUUAGUAAAUAGUACAUGGGUACUAUUAUUUUCUGUACAUAUAUAUAGUGUAGGCGUAGCCCAGGUACAUAUGGGUCACGUAUAAUAGCCAUUAUAGGUACAAUCAUGAUGUAUACAGAGUGGUUCACAAAACAUGGUAAUUUUUUAAAAGUAGGUACCUAAACAUAAACAUCAUAUUUUCACAUACAUAGAUUUCAAUUAGAUAGGAGGUAGACGGUACCUACAUUUUGUGACGGUACACACACUAUUUGUCCUUCAAACGAGAACCGCCUUUAUUAUCAUGUAAAUUGAAAGUCUGAAGAUUUUUGAAAAUGUUUAUGCAUCUAAAUCGAAAUUAUGAACUACGUAGUAUAGUUUUUGAGUCGUUAAACUUUAUGCGAGGCGUGGUCCGUACACUCAACUGCGGAAACGCUCUAAGUGUACGUAUCGGCCGGUGUUGCUAGCUCCCGGAUGGGUGACCACCCGGGACUUUAGCAACAAAUCCUUGCCACACAUACAAACGUAUGUUCCUCCUGUUCUUCCUGCUACAAACAACCUACAAACAAGAAACAACUAAUGGCCAUGGUUUCCGGGUUAAGCUAGAAAAAAAAAACAUUAUGUACUAAAGAACGAGGAAAAUAAUAAAUCAUCUACUUAAAAAUUUUACAUAAAAAGGGUCGUUCUCAUUAAUUGUAAAAAUUCAGUUUGUGCCGCGACAGGAAAAUCCUUGAAAUGCAUAAAAUAUUCUAUAUUUAUGUCUUCGGAACAGCGUAGGUAUUAAUGUAUUAUCUAAUACUUGCACAAGAUUAUAACUUUUAACUACAAGCAAUGAAUUCCCCAUCGUUGAAAUCCAUUUUCCACUUCUCAGUUUUCUGUUGUUUUGGAUACAAUUUAUUAUGAUUAUUGUUUUGUUAAACUCUGCAAAGACAUCACGUAAAUACAUUCAUAUCAUUGAGGAUAUUGUAUAUACUUUUACGAGGUAUAAAAGUAUUUAGAUAACUUUGUUGUUAAAUAGUUUUUAAGGACGUCAAAGAAAAAGCUGUAUUGUUGUUACAGGCAAAAGAAUUAAUUAUUCGUUUAAUGGUACACUUAAUUCUUACAAAGUUUUUUUUUUCUAAUAAAUAAUUGCCUUUAAAAUCUGUUCAGUUGUGUAUAGUCAUUACACAAUAGUAAUACAUAUUAAAUUACUUUUUUUCAAAGUUUUUUCGUGUAAUUAUCAAUCCCACUUUUUUGUCUUCGUUUUAGUAUAUCUGUAAGUAUAUAUAUCUACUUAAAAUAUUUUGUCCGACGCUCCAACGAACCCAAAUGCUUAGCGAGUUUAUUAAGAUUUAUUUUGUUUUUGUAAUUCACACUAAUGGAAUCCUAAAAUCUAUCGUUUGUGCAUUAUACUUCAAAGGCGAUUACGAUAAAUAGAAAGUUAUGUUAGGUACACGUAAAGUGUGCAGUAUAUUGUGUAUACCUAUGCAUAAUACUAUAAUGCAGAUAUGUGUGCGCCAAAUCUAACAAACGAAUUAAGAAAAACGAAUAAAAUGUUUAAUACAAUAAUAUGAAGAGGAUACUAAAUGUACAAGUGGAAAUCGAUCUGAAAUAAAUAGACCGACGACCGUAACCAUAUUAUGUAGUCAUGGUUUUUCUCUUUUGGGACAUUCCGAGGUAUUGACUAAACGACCAAUGGAAGUAGUUGUAUAUACGAUAGCCGAUAUGUAUAACUUAAAAGGAUUGAGGGUUUACGAAAGAUCGAAAAGAUUGAAACGAUUCGGUACCGCUAUCAAAAAGUAAAUCCGGCUUUAUGUUUUAUAUAAUAUGGUACUAUGAUAAUAUAUUAUAAUUUAUAACAUUAUGGGAUAAUGAUAUUAAAAAGGUAUAAAAUAAUUAUGUUUUUUUCUAUGUCAUAAAUAAGUCAUAUAAUAUCUAAGCAAUAUAUUUUGAUAAGUAAUUAGACACAGUUAAACUAAUCGUUAAGAGUUCAUUCUUGUUUUUUUUUUUCGUCACGAAUUUUUAACAUCAGGUUAAUAGAAAGUUACUUAUACAGUUACGAUUCUAGAUGAAAAUACAUAACGUAUAGUUACGAUGUUUAACAAUAACAACCGAUUAUUAUUAUUAUACACACGCACAUUACAAUAUAUUUGAGAGGAUGUCAGCGCACUGUUUGUUUUCUCUCUCUCUCUCUCUCUCUCUCUCUCUGACACUCAACCGAAACAUAGAAAAUUUGCGUUCAGCAUAACCAAUGGUGUGUUGUUAACCCUAAUAUUAGAGUGAAUUGACCUUUUGCAGUUAAACUUUAAGUUAAGAAGAAUUAUCUAUGUUUGUACGUCGGCAUUUUUAUAAUAAUAUUUUAAUAAAUUUUUGCCUGCGAUAAUUUAUGGACGUUUUUUAGUUUUUAUAUUUUACAUACCUACCUACCUACCUAUACUCACAAGCUGCAUAAAAAUUGAAAUAUCGUAAAAAUCAUACAAACAAACUCAGAUAAUUUUCCUAACUUCAAAUUUAAUCGUUCUAUAUCUAAAGCUCACUCAACGACGUAAUACAACUAUACAAGAUUAGUCCGACCAAUUAACUAAAAAAAAAUUACUAUAUUAUGUGUGAGUCAGAGAUAGGAACAAAAUAAAUAGUGCUCUGAUAUCCUGUUGAUAAUUUUAUACAUAAUAAUUUAUAAUUUUUUGUGUACCUAUAUGUUAUCUAUUAUAUUAUAAUAAUAUGUAAUCGGACUUUUUCAUAAACAACAUAAUAUUUAUUUUUAAGAAAUUUUUACCUAUAGUUAAAAAUCAGGGUAAAAAAUAUUGAUUUCAUGUUCAAAGUUAUAUUUUUACUUUUUUUGUUUGAUAGUAGGUUGUUGGCAGGGAGAGGAGGAACGGUUGAAUACACGUUUUGUAUGUGUGGCAAGGAUUCGUUGCUAAAAAUCCCGGAUGGUCACCCAUCCGGGAACUAGCAUCGCCGGCCGUUACGUAGACUCAGUGGGUUUCCGCAGUUGAGCGUUCGCACUGCGCCACACCAAACCACUUAUACAUUAUUAUGUACGUACCUAAAAAUACUAUUAUGGGCUAGAUCGUCAAAAUUAUUUUAUAAGUACCUAACACCAUUGUUUCAUGACGAUUAAUAUAUUAAACAGAACUUACCUAUAUAUCAUAUUAUUAUAAUUUAUAAUCGAUUUUCAUAUUGUACGUGACACAUAUAUAUAACAUAUAAUAUAUAUAUAUAUAUAUUAUGUAUAUACUAUGCUUAGGUAAGUGUUUGUGUGUAAUACGCUUUGGCGAGUCGUGCGUGAAGGAGUUUUUUGUGCAGUCAUGUUCGUUGGAGCGAUUUGGUACUCGAUGGGAGCCUUUACAGUUUUUUUCAAGCCUUAAUGGGGGGGGGGGG